AUGGAUAUCGAAGAGUGUCUUAAAGAGUGGGAAGAUUUAUUAGCCGACUACAAACGAUUAGAGACGGUUAACAAGGAAUAUGCCACUAAAUUAGAGGAAGUAGGUGAGCUGCAGGCAUCAUGUUUGAAGGAGUUGACCCACCAGCGUUAUCGGAUGUCCAUUAUAACUGGCACCCUCAAAAGAUUGGAGAAAAAAGGUGUGACAAAGGAUGAACGCAUAGCGAAUUUAGAAAAGGAAAUAAUGAAGAGAAAAGCGAUGCUUCAUGAAAUUGAGGCGACCCUACCUAAACAGAACAGCCUGUAUCUCAAGAUCAUACUAGGCAAUGUUAAUGUAUCAAUACUCAAUAAAAAUGACAAGUUUAAAUACAAAGAUGAAUAUGAAAAGUUUAAAUUGAUACUCAGCGCUAUCGCCUUUGUUCUAGCUGUCGCCAACUUAUUAAUCGACUUUAGGCCUUUACAACUGAUCCUGAUAUUCCUGUUAGUAUGGUACUACUGCACUCUGACUAUCCGGGAGAGCAUUUUAAAGGUGAACGGAUCCCGGAUCAAGGGUUGGUGGAGGCUACACCACUUCAUAUCCACAGUGGUAGCCGGUAUCUUACUCAUAUGGCCACAGAACGAACCCUGGGAUGAAUUCAGACAUACAUUUAUGUGGUUCAUAGCAUACAUAAGUGUGGUUCAAUAUAUGCAGUUCAGAUAUCAAAGCGGUGUACUGUAUCGUCUGAAGGCUUUGGGUGCUCGUCAUAACAUGGAUAUAACUAUUGAAGGAUUCCACUCGUGGAUGUGGCGUGGUCUGUCAUACUUGCUGCCUUUCCUCUUCGGUGGAUACAUAUUCCAGCUAUACAUAGCUUACACUCUAUAUCAUAUCAGUUAUCAUCCCGAAGCUACGUGGCAGGUGCCAGCAUUAAGUAUGUCGUUCCUGUUGAUCGGUAUCGGUAAUACAGCGACCACACUCAUUGUGAUCCCGCAGAAGUUGAACGAACAGGUAACUUACCUCGCAGCUUUGUUCCUUAUUUUGCACUCCUGCAACAUGUAUACAAUAUGGCGGACAUUACGAAAGAAAACUCAGGGCGGGCGAAAACUUCGCUACAAAUUGCGUGCGAUCGCUUACAGAUUGUCUAAUGAGCUAGCUGUUUUGGUACGUUCCAUUGAUAAAUACAUGUGGCUAUUGGGACUGUUUCUGAAUAUAUAUAUUACGUAUUUUUGA